AGCGGCGAGUCAACACGCAGGUACCUACUGCGUUGCAGUGGCGCUCAGCUGAUCGCGAUAUGUUGACAGCCUGGCAGCCUGAGACAUAGUGCUGCGUGGGCGCUGGCAUUACUGAACAGUGAAUGAGCAAAAUUAAGUGUGUAAACAUUUUUUUUUCCAGUGAAGUGGCGAUAUAUCUUCAAGAUCAUGCGUUAGCAGAAUAUCUAUAUCGCAAAAACUGAAUACUCAUGUGUAGUGACUAAACAUUGUUAGAGCGCUGUUGGAGCGAAUGGACGAAAUGAAACAUCGUGUGGCAUGUUCGUAGCGUAAUAUUAGAUUAUAUGUUCAUAAACUGACGUUGCGGUGUGGGAACUUUUGUAUCUAUAUACCUACACGAAACAGUGACGUGAAAGUGACAUGAAAUCCAAGUUUCUCAUCUAUGAUCGGGGAUGUAUUUAGCUGGUUAUUUCAACUAAUGUGAAACUGGGAGAAUUUCAUCUUUGGUGAAACUGCAACGUUGAAGUUUCUAAGAACGCUAGAAACAGAACUUUAGCCUUCGCGACUGAGUGUGAAGUAGUGCGUCGAAUUUCUGACCUCGAUUGUGGUAAUGGUUGGAAUGUGUUACUUAGUGCUGUAAUAAAGAAAUGUCUACGGGAAAGCGACUUGCCAAACGUUCUAUAAUCGGAACGAGAGUUUGCGCCCCAAGAGAUGACGGGAAGUAUUAUUCAGGUGUCAUACAGGCAGUCAAAUCUACGGGUAAUGCUCCGGACGAUGAGAGUUAUUACACGGUACGCUUUGAUGACCCUGGUCCCCAACAGAGAUUUCUUGGCGAAUACAGAGAGGCGGACCUCGUUGGUCCGGGCUUCAGAACAGUAUCUGGUCUGACUCUGGUGGCAGGACAACGCGUGUAUCUCACUUACAACGGGCGUGAAGUAAGCGGGAAUGUGAUAACUCACAAGCCUCGCAUCGACGAGCUUCUCAUCUCCAUAUCACCUCCGGGGCAAGAGGCGCUGGAGGUGCGGAAGCGGCUGGAGGAGGUGCGGCUGCUGGAGUCCCGGAAGUCCGCGCGGCUGCAGGACCAGGACACGGACUUCGCGCGCCUCGCCGACAUGGCGGGCGACCGCCGCAAGGCGCCCUCCGGCUCCAUCGACGUGCCCCUCUCCAACGGAAGCCCAGGACCGAUCCGGGCGUCUGCGCGCAGGAUGUCCUCCCGGCGCACGUGGAAGUUGUACGUGGACGCGCGCGGCGGCCUCGCCGGAACGCGGAAGAGACGGCCCAGCAUGUCGCACGCCGACGACGCCAAGGAGCUGGACUUCAUGGACGAGUGCAUGGCCGCGCUGGUGCUCAUGAGGCUCUCCUGCAGCCCGCACUCGCCCAAGAUGAGAGGCCCGUCGCCGAGCCCCGGGUCGGACGCGUCAUGCCGCAGCGGCACGCCCUCGCCGCCGCUCAGCGACGCCGGCUCCGCCUCCGGGUCGACGGCGGCGCUCUGGGCGCACCUCAACGCCGACGAGGGCAUCGUGCUCGACGACUUCGACGACCUGCCCAAGCGCAAGAAGGCAAUCCGGACAACAGUGUACCACUGCACCUGGCCUGGCUGCCUGGCCAUGACCACAACCUGUGCUGCCAUUGAAUCCCAUGUCCGAAAAGCACACCUUGGACGACAAAAUGGACCAGAGAAUGGCAAAGACUGGGAUCAUGAGGAAGAAUUUUACUACACAGAGGUAGAGAUUGGGCUACAUGCAUCAUCACCACCUACACUGUCACACCGUGACAUGGCGCGUCCACCCUAUGAAGACCCAGAGUACCAAAAACAGUUGAAGAAUGGUUACCACAAAGCAGGACCCAUCAACAUUCCUGCCGGCAACUAUUCUUCAUCAGCAUCAUCCUCACCGAAUUCACCUCUGAAACACCUGAAACUGAGCCCUCGUUCGGAGUCCAGUUUUCCCACAUCAACUACAAGCAAAUUAUUAUCAGGGAGCCCCACACGCAAAAUGCGAGGAGAAACAAAGAAGUGUCGAAAAGUGUACGGGAUGGAACAUCGAGAACUGUGGUGUACGCAGUGCAAGUGGAAGAAAGCGUGCACACGGUUCGGUGACUAAAUUUUAAAGCUGUGAACUGGUUCAGAACUGCUGAGCUUCAGUAUUAAAGUGCACUUUAAAGUGAAAAUAAAACAGAUUUAUGGUACAUUUUUGCCAAUGAAUUACUGUUUUGACAAAGCACAAAUUUUAUAAUUGAGUCUUUUAUUACUGCCUCGAUGAUUAUAGAACGCACUUGUGAUGCUUUCACAGUGGCUGCAGAAAUGUGUAAGAGGAGGUCUGUGUUCACGAUGUGAACUAUCUUCCAGGCCUUUGGGUUUCAAUUACAGUAACUGUAAUACAGAAAACAUUUUUUUAAUUGGUGUUCUGCAUAUUCAUUCUCAUCAAAAUGAAUUGCCUAGUUGAGAUCUUGGGUGUGAUUUAAUAUUUUCAAAGGCAGAACACCUAUGGUCUGGAUAUGUGAAUACAUAUGGAGCAAAAAAGUUAUUUAUGUUAUGUCAUGUUAGUGAUUUUGAAGGAUUUAUAAUGAAUUCUUACAUUUUCAAACAAUAUUUGUUAUUUUAUAACAAAGUGUACAGAUUUGUUAAUUUGUAUGCUCAGUUCUGUGAACAGGCUGUAAUAUAUUAUAUUUGAACUUGAGGGACAUUAUAAUACAAAUAAAUGAUUCAAAUGUUUUUGAGAUACUAAGAUAUCUCUGAAUGACCUGAUGUCACUGCCCAUUUAAUUCCGUGCCUGUGAUUGUAUGAACUGAAAGUGAUAUUAAAGAUGAUUUUAUACAUUUUUAAGAGAUGUACUAAAAUACAGAGAGAUACUCUUUGACAAUGUUAUAAAUUUAGCACUCUUUUAAACAUCAUAGGAACAAAGAAAAAUCACUACUAUUUCAGAUUUUUUUAAAAAAAUGUUAAUAUUGUCAAAGAGCUGUUUUUCAGUUGUGCUGCAAAUGCAGAUAUUUUUAAAAAAUAUAGUUGUUAAUGAUGUUAUUGCCAAAAAACUCAAAUAUAAUGACGCUGAACUUCAGUUAUUUAUAUAUUUCCUGCAUUAAUUAAGUUUCCAGGUGUGAUCCACAAAUACAGUCCAUACUCGUUUUUAAGGACUGAGAGAGAGGAAGGAAGGAAGGAAGGAAGGACGAUGGGAUGUGGCAAUAUAAAGUGUCUGAUGUGGUGCUGACAAAAUUGUUCUAUGAGUUUUCACUCACCCUGUACAUGUACUGAUCCUUUGUGUUAAAAUGUUAUAGCCAUUAAAACAGUUCACAGUAUCUGGAUACUUAGGGUUAUUAUGAAUAUCCUGUUCACUUAAAUUCAGUUGCAGUUAUAUUCUGAUGUUAUCUUAAUGUGUAUUAGUAUCACAAUGCUCCUAAAAGUAAAGUGUGGUUGUUUA